AUGCCCGGAGAUGCAGAUCGACAUCUACUCUACCUUCGUGAAUCCGACGAAAGUCCUCGAUACGAUGAAUCGCGAAGGACUGUGGAAAUCAAGCAGAUAUCCAGCUGUCCCGAGCGAUGCACUCAGAUGGUGCGUCAGCUUGACGAUGGCAUUGUGGCGCGACUCACAGACAAUGGAGCUGUCUCCGAGGCAUUUGCAGCGACUAACGGAGUGAAGUGGGGCUGCGUCCUCGCGCCUACCCUCGUCGGUCUCAUGUUCAUGCUGAUGAAGGCCCACGGUGACGAACGUCCUGGAAUCCGCAUCGCCUACAGGACGGAUGGUCACCUCCUCAAUCACCGGCGGACGCACUUCCAGUCGCGUGUAUCCACGAUUGUCGUUCAUGAACUUCUUUUCGACGACGACAACGACUACGCCAUCAACAAUCCCUUCAAAGAGACAUGCAGUGGACUAUGGACCCCUUCUCUGCCGCCUGCAGCAACUUCGGCCAUGUCAUCAAUGUGGUGAAGACGGCUGUCAUACAUCAACCACCACCCGACGCCGCCUACGUUGCACCUCAAAUCAACGUGAACGACGCCAACUGUAAGUGGUUGACAACUUCACCAACCUGGGCCGCACGCUCUCCCAUAACACCAAGGUCGACGAUAAAGUCUUUCGCAGGAUUUUCAUAGUCAGCCAAGCCCUCGGCCGUCUGCAAAGCGCAGUCGGGAAUCGCAACAGUCUCCACCUCAACAUAAAAAUGAAGAUGUACAGAACAGUCAUCCUGCCGGCGCUGCUGUACGGAGCGGAGACCUGGACGGUCCCCAAGAAACGGGCGCGGAGGCUCAAUCACUUCCACUCCAGCUGUCUUCGACGGAUGUUUAAGCUGAAGUGGCAUGACAGGAUGCCCGACACGAAUGUACUGGAGCGGAUGGAAAUCCUCAGCCUCUGUGCCAUAAUGAGACAAUUGCAAAUGUGCUGAAACGAACACCUCCUGCGGAUGAACGAAGGGCGACAUCCCAAACGACUCUCAUACGGAGAUGUCGUCACGAGUUUCCGCCGCCAAGGAGGUCAAGUUCGCCGCUACAAGCAAAGACAUCCCUGAGGCGUCUGCAGAUCAACCCGGUCAACUCGGAAGGCCUCGCUCGAGACGGACCGUCUUGCAGGAGGACAGUGAAGACAGGCGCAGCGAUCUAAGAAGCCAAGCGCAUCACCGCCGCCAGUGCCCAACGCGAGGCUCACUAAUCCCAACUGCGUCCACAUCGCAACACCAACGCUCAACCAUCCCCGACUUGCCCAGGCUGCCAAGGCGCUCUGGGCACCAGUCCGCCUUGUAAGACAUCUCCCUGCCGUCUGCAGCACCCGAACUACAUCAGCCACUGUCCCGCCGUAAAACUCUGUCUCGUCCUCUAAACAAACAACUAACACUGACCGCAACCCCCAAACCCCACUACUAUCCUCCACCUCCUCCACUUCAUCCUCGUCUUCCUUCUCCAUUGACUCAACAUUCGCUACGGCGGCUCUCUGUCCACCACUACUGCACACAAUCUUGACGCACCUACAAAUAUCAACCACCCCAUUAACAACACCGCCGUGUGACCUCGAUCCAUAUCUGUUUUAAUUGCGACCGCACCCUCCCCCCACACAUCGGUCAGGUCGGUCACUUGUGAAUCAAUCGUACAGAGACUGGCGAGCCAAUGCCUGGAGCACCAACCUACAAUCUCCACAGUCGCCUCCAUUGUUUACACUGCCCCCGCACACUCACUCACCGUAGGGGUCUAUUCGGUCAUAUGCGUAUCAUUGAGAGCGGAAUUGACCGCAGUCUCGACACACCCAGCACCUCUUGCACAUCUACCGGGCCCAGCUCAACCCAAACCUCACCGCUCAGCACGGUCACAGUGAACAGCUCCAGCACUGGCACCAUCUCCGAAACCGACAUUCCCGGCCUCUCCUGUCCAAAGGGCCCUCGUACAUUCACCUCAUGCAUCGUCCUGGUCGGUCACUUGCGAGUCCAUCGCACAGAAGCCGUAAACCAGUAUCUGAUGCACCAAGCUACAUCUGAAGCAUCCAUCUCAACCGCUCCCACCGCGCCCGCACGUUCGCCCACCGCAUGGGCCUAUUAG